UCUCUCUCUCAUCUCUGGUGUCUCUCUCAUCCACACGCAGCCAUGACCCCUUGAAUCGUCGAUGGGCCGGGUGGGCUUCGGCAUAGCGGUGGGCUGCGCCGCUCUCUCCCUCACGAUCGCCGGGAUCCUGGUGACCAAACGAGUCAAGAAUCGCCGGAAAUGGUCGAGGAUCCUCGAGAUUCUCGCGGAGUUCGAGGAGGGAUGCUCGACGUCGACGGCGAGGCUGAGGCAGGUGGUGGGCGCGAUGACCGUCGAGAUGCACGCCGGACUCGCCUCCGACGGCGGAAGCAAGCUCGGCAUGCUUCUCACUUUCAUCGAUAAGCUCCCCACUGGAAAUGAGAAAGGUAUUUACUAUGCUCUUGAUCUGGAAGGUACAAAUCUUAAAGUUUCCCGGGUUCAGCUUGGGGGUGGAAGGUCUAUGAUUUUAAGACAUGAGGUUGCACAACAACCGAUUCCUAGAAAUUUGAUGACUGGCACUAGUGAGGACCUGUUUGAUUUUAUUUCUAUGACACUGGAACAGUUUGUUGCUAAAGAGGAGGAUGAUUUUGAGCAAAGACCGGACAUAAGUAAAGAACUUGGAUUUACAUUUUCGUUUCCUGUCAGACAUUUGUCUGUUUCCUCUGGCCUUCUUAUCAAGUGGACGAAAGGAUUUGCGAUUGAGGAUGCUGUUGGAAAAGACAUUGCUCAGUGCUUAGAUGAAGCCAUGACCAAGAGGGGGCUUGAUAUGCGAGUGGCAGCUUUGGUUAAUGAUACUGUGGGAACAUUGGCACUCGGUCAUUAUCAUGAUAAGGACACUGUUGCUGCUGUGAUUAUUGGAACAGGCACCAAUGCCUGCUAUGUCGAAUGCACUGAUGCAAUUAUUAAAUGUCAAGGACUUUUUGCAGAUUCUGGUGGAAUGGUAGUUAACAUGGAAUGGGGGAAUUUUUGGUCAUCACAUUUGCCGAGAACUUCGUACGAUAUUGAACUAAAUGAUGAGAGCCCAACUCGUAAUGAUCAGGGUUUCGAGAAAAUGAUUUCAGGAAUGUAUUUAGGUGACAUUGUAAGAAGGGUCCUUUAUAGGAUAGCACAGGCGUCGGAUGUUUUUGGAGAUGCUGCAGCUUGUUUAUCUGUUCCUUUUGUACUCAGGACAUCUUUGAUGGCUGCCAUGCAUGAGGAUGAUUCUCCUGAUCUAAGAGAUGUCAGUAGGAUACUGCAAGAGAACUUUCAAAUGCCAGAGAUCUCUUUGAAAGCAAGAAGACUUGUUGUGAGUGUUUGUGAUAUAGUCACUCGAAGGGCGGCUCGCUUAUCUGCAGCAGGGAUAGUCGGAAUACUGAAGAAAAUAGGAAGAGAUGGGAGCGGCGGUAUUGGAAGUGGCAGAACAAAAGGAAAAAUGCUGAGAACAGUUGUUGCAAUAGAGGGAUGUCUCUAUUCUGGGUAUUCAAUGUUCAGGAAUUACUUGGAUGAAGCAGUGGUGGAAAUAUUGGGAGAACAAAUUGCACAGAAUGUUGUACUCAGAGCAUACGAGAACGGUUCCGGAACAGGUGCUGCUCUCCUUGCCGCUUCUCAUUCAUCAGGUAGCUAGAACUUUGUGUAAAUAUGAAAAAUGUAUAUAGCUUUGUUCUCAGUGUAAAAUGUAUAUAAGAAAUAUUGUUUCAUAUUAAUUUAUAUAUAUGUAAAGAGUUGAGGUUGUACAGUGCACA